AAAAAAGAUAAAGAAAGUGUUUCAGUCUCGAGACAGAACAUGUGAAUAAACAAACAAGAUAAAAGCUACAGGAUAUUUAUUACUUUUAAUAAAACUUUCAACACUUUCAGGUCCGUUUUUCUACCGAAUCUGCGACUAAGACAGAUGUUACCGAAAUGACAGCGAUCCUGUGGAUGAUUCUGGCCUUCACUCUGCUUCCGUAUCGGAGCGAGUGUCAUGAGGCCGUCCUGCACGUCUCUGAUGGGGAUCUUCAGCAGGAUUACUGUCUCGUUUACAACGCAUCAUGGUCCAACAUCUCCAAAACUCUCAGUGAUGCUGUGCGUUACAGGCUGGUGAACCUGACGUCCACCAUGCUGUGUGAUGUAGGUGGAGUAAAGCCAGACGUGGUGAAGGGCACCGCGGUGUGUGUGAUGAGAGGAGACUGUGCCUUCAGCAUCAAAGCUCAGGUGGCUCAGAAGCUCGGCGCCGCCGUGCUCCUCAUCGUCAGCCAAGACGCCAUGGGAACUCCAACAGCUAAUGCCAGCGACUAUGAUAAAGUCUCCAUUCCUCUGGCGCUCAUGAGGUACCGCGACUUCCUCGAUGUUCAGAAGGUGUUCACAGAGAGGAUGGAGGUGCAGCUCUAUGCUCCGCCCACCCCCGAGUUUGACGCCAGUGUCAUCAUCAUGCUUGCGGUCGCCGUCUUUACCGUGACCAUGGGCGGCUUCUGGAGCGGAGCUGCUGAGAAGGCGAAGCAGAGCGUGACGGCAUUCUCCACAGGAGAGGACAAAUCAGAAAGUGGAGAUCUCACACUCUACUCCCCACUGAAGGUUCUGCUCUUCGUGGUGCUGAUGUGUGUGAUGCUCCUUCUUAUGUACUUUUUCUACAGGUACCUGGUGUACGUUAUUAUCGUGAUCUUCUGCCUGGCCUCAGCUACUGGUCUCUACAGCUGCCUCGAGGCACUACUGAACGCAGUAGGGUGCAGUAAACUCAGCGUGUCCUGUAAUGAGAAGAGCUUCUCUGUGAGGAAUGUGUUCCUGGCUGCAGUGUGUAUCACUCUGGCAGUGGUUUGGGGUGUUUAUCGAAAUGAGGACAGGUGGAUCUGGAUCCUGCAGGAUGUCCUGGGGAUUGCUUUCUGUCUGAACUUCAUGAAAACCAUCACACUGUCCAACUACAAGGUAUGUGUGAUCUUGCUCAGUCUGCUGCUGGUUUACGACGUCUUCUUUGUCUUUAUCACCCCGUUCCUCACACCUAAUGGAGAGAGCAUCAUGGUGCAGGUUGCUCUCGGCCCGGGUGCUGGAGGAGAGAAGGGCAGUGGUGAUGUGAUGAUUCCAGCAGAUCCUACUCCCACAUAUGAGAAAUUGCCCGUGGUGAUGCGCAUUCCUCGGUUUUCAGCAUGGGCGGAGAACUUGUGUGAGAUGCAGUUCUCCAUCCUUGGGUACGGUGACAUCAUCAUUCCAGGCCUGUUGGUGGCGUACUGUCACCGGUUCGAUGUCUGGAUCGGCAGCUCAAACAGAAUCUACUACGUCUCCUGCGCUGUUGCGUACACUCUGGGUCUGGUGUUGACCUUCGUGGUCAUGUUGCUGUCUAAGAUGGGUCAGCCGGCUCUGCUGUACCUGGUCCCGUUCACUCUGCUGACCAGCGCCCUGCUCGCCUGGAAACGCAAAGAGUUCAAACAGUUCUGGGCAGGAACCACCUACCAGGUGUUGGACUCAUCCAAGGAACCUUUAAUACCAGAUGGAGACGCUGAAUAUCCCGGCACAGUGAGGAAGUGCUGAUCAGCUGGAAUUUGUGUGUGCCUUAAUCAGUGCCUCAGGCUCCGCCCCCUACUCACCCCCACACACGUGAUUGAAGUGUUUAAUGGACCCUGUGGUGACAGCUGUAACCGUGGCAACGUUACAGGAAACAUCCUGAACAUCAGAGUUUCACCUGAAACCUCUGUGGGAACUGUGGGAGAAGUUCCGUCUCGGCGUGUCCCCCUGCGGGACGUCAUCACAUGAUCACGUGUUGAUGUGGAAUGUAAAAAUGGGGCCUGUGAUGAUGAUGAUGAUGAUGUUUUUUAAUUUGAAUAAUGAUUUCAGUGUUUCUGUAUGUAAUCAAUUCUCAUUCAACAUUACUCAGUUCUUUUCCUGCCUUAAAGUAAAUAUGGACAAAUGUGUAACGAUGCCAGUCACACUCGCAGUGACGUGUUCACCCUGACGUGUUCACGGGGACGUGUAUUGCGACUGCACUCAUUAUUGUGCAGAAUCUGUUAUCUGUUUUUAACUGAUGCCAUAAUGAGGGAACUCAGUGAUUUAUAACGACCUUAACGAAGCACAAACCCACUUCACUGAGGGGGGUGUAAACUUAUGAGCAUGUAAAAAUGAAUACGAAUAAAACUGCUGACUGAA